UUUCUCGCGACGCUUUCUGGUAGUGAAUCACAACAGCUGCAUGGUCAUGUAUUGUUUAACUGUCCGACCAGAUCUGUCAGUUCGUUGUCAAAAUACUUUAAUCAGAACUGCCUGACCACAUCUAAGAGCCUCUCACUUAUAAUUAUCGAUGUAACUAAAUUGGUAGAGCAAUUGGGGGAAAUUCAGAUUUUAAUUGACUGGCUUGUUUGUUGAACUCGUGGAGAUGGUCGGUAUUUACAUCCCACAACCAGAUCUUACCCAAUUCUUGAAGACCUUGACAACUAACGGGGGAAUACACAAAAAACAGUUGAGAAAAUGGUCUUAAAAUAUAUUCACUAGGAAAUUUCACAUAAGAUAUUGCUUUCUUAAGGCAUAUUGCUGUAAAACUAUAAUCUCAAACCCUUUUAUCCAGAGGAGACUUUUAAAGCUCCUCACACCCUGUAGUUCUGAAACCUCCAAUUCCUCCUUCCCGUCCCCAAAGAAUAUGACGUAGAAUUUCCUGUGAAAUGCCGUGAUACAUGUGAAUAUCUUUCGUUUUCAUGGACUGUGGCACAGAAAUAACUUUUUUGACUUUGCCAACUGGGAUCCAUUCGAAGAUGAUCCGUUUGAAAUGGCCUUUUUCCACAACCAAGAUCCUUAUUUUCCAAGACUUCACAAAACAGUUGGUGUCAGUCAUAAACUAGUUUCGUACCCGUUCGUGAAACGAAAUGAUGAGGACGUUUUUCAACUGGUCUUGGACGUCAAUGGAUUCGAUCCGAAUGAACUGUCAUUGAAGCUAGAUGGUCGUGAGCUCCUUAUCAAGGGCAUACCCUCUCGGAACAGAAAGACACAGAAUUCUUGUUUCCAACGGAAAUUCUGCUGGCGUCUCACACUCCCGCGCGAUGUGGAUCUAAAAUCUAUAAAAGCAAGGUUGUCCAAGCCAACCACUCUAGAGAUCGAGGUAAAAAAAAUCAAAGAAAACGAACGCUACAUACGGAUUGAUUAUCUAGACAGUUUGGGUGAUCAGGCACAGAGAAACAGCGAGACGAGCAGUCGAUUUGACGACACGAGGUCUCUUCAAAGACAAGAUAACAAUGUUAAAAUAGUUCAAGAAAUGGACGAGGCUACAGUUGAGGUAGUUCCGGAUGACAAUCUAGAUACUGACUCCCCCUGAAGCACAAUACUUCCACAAUAUUAAUGGUGACAAUGAAAUCGGUUGCAUUUCUACAUUUUUUGCCUUGCCUGAGUGUUGAAAGAAGUUGGUAACUGCUUUGGUUUUACUAAAACUCGCUAUAUGAUUGGUCCAGAAACCUCGCACCACCUCAACCAAUCAGAUUCAACACAAACACCAACCCUGCUUUGGACACUCGCGUUUUCCCGCGUUUCAUGUGAUUACUUUGAUUUCCGUCAGUUUUUAUUGAAACUCAAAUUAAAAAUGCUCUAACUUGCGGUCUUGAAAGUUGCUGAUAUUUUGGACACUUCUUUUUAAAAGCAUGAUAACGAACUCUUCUGAGAAAAUGUCAUCGUUCAGACUGUUUUUCUAAUUCACUACUAUGAUAAGAUGGUGUUUCCAGAUCUGAAUUCGUAAAGAAUGCGUUACCGAAACUACAAACAAACGUGCUAUUGUGAAAUAUGUCUCGUUAGAAGUGUCUGGAGAAAAACGUCACUCAUAAUAAAGUUUAAAAAAAAUAAAUUCGAAGUUUGGUUGAGUUCAGGUCAGUUCUUGAUUGGAAGUUGACUGUUUGUGUUAGGUAACAUCCAUAAAAUAAUUGAAUAAAACGAAAACAGAUUUGUCCUUGAUAGUAGUUCGAAAUAAGGGUUUCCACCCUAACGAAGCUGACGUUUUGAGCGUUAGCCCUUCGUCAUUCGCCCUGACGAAAGGCUAACGGCUCGAAACGUCAGCUUUAUA